CGGUUGCCGUUCGGGCAUUAGCGGCCAGUUCGUCGUGGCGGCAGCAGAUUGUUAGUAGUUUUCUUCUCGGACUCUCGUCGUUUCCCGGCGUCCAAAAAUGCGGUCCUCCAGCGCGUUCAUCGUGCUCCUGACGGUCGCCGUGGCCAGCGCGGAGGUCUACCUGGACGAGAAGUUCAUCGACGAUUCAUGGGAGAAGAACUGGGUCUAUUCAGAGCACCCUGGGAAGGAAUUUGGAAAAUUCGUUUUAAGUUAUGGAAAAUUCUGGAACGAUCCAGAAAAUGACAAAGGUAUCCAAACGUCACAAGAUGCCAGGUUCUAUGCUCUUAGUAAAAAAUUCUCUCCAUUUAGCAAUAAAGACAAAACUCUCGUUAUUCAAUUCACCGUUAAGCAUGAACAAAACAUCGACUGCGGUGGUGGAUAUAUCAAGGUGUUCGACUGCUCACUUGAUCAAAAAGAUAUGCAUGGCGAGAGUCCAUACCAAAUUAUGUUCGGACCUGAUAUUUGUGGACCGGGCACCAAGAAGGUUCAUGUAAUCUUCAGUUACAAGGGCAAAAAUCUACUCAUCAAUAAGGAGAUUCGUUGCAAGGACGAUGUUUACACGCAUUUGUACACUUUGAUUGUUAAGCCUGAUAAUACGUACCAGGUUCUUAUCGAUAACGAAGAAGUAUCAUCUGGUGACUUGGAAAAAGACUGGAAUUUCCUGCCAGCAAAGAUGAUCACAGACCCGUCUCAGAGCAAACCUGAAGAUUGGGAUGACAAGCCCACUAUCGAUGAUCCUGAGGAUAAGAAACCUGAGGACUGGGACAAGCCCGAGCACAUUCCUGACCCUGAAGCCAGUAAGCCUGAUGAUUGGGACGAUGAGAUGGACGGCGAAUGGGAAGCACCCAUGAUCGACAAUCCUGACUACAAGGGUGAAUGGAAAGCGAAACAAAUUAGCAAUCCAAACUAUAAGGGACCAUGGGUACACCCGCAAAUUCCUAACCCCGAAUACGUGCCCGAUCCGGAUCUGUAUAAGCGCGACGAAAUCUGCGCUGUCGGCUUUGAUCUGUGGCAAGUUAAAUCUGGCACUAUCUUUGAUAACGUGCUUGUUACCGAUGAUCCGGAAGUUGCACAUAAAUUCGGAGAGGAUGUGUGGAAGCCUACCUUUGAGGGUGAGAAGAAAAUGAAGGAAGCGCAGGAUGAAGAGGAGAGGAAACAGAGAGACAAGGAGGCGAAGGAGAGCGAAGACAGUAAGGAUGAUGAAGAUGAUGAAGAUCAGGAUGAAGAAGACAACACCCAGCCAGAUACUGAAGAGCAUGACGAAUUGUAAAUAUGGGUGUCGCGCGUGUGGACACAAAUACAGACUGUAUUCCAGGAGCUACGUGGCCGCGACACGCACUAUCAUCCUCCCACAGGCACAAAAUCGCAAUCUAAAAGACACGCAAUAAGCAGAAAAUAACAACUCCUCGAUCACGUCGUCCAUCGUUAACACUCGCGUAUUACGAGGACAUCGCGUCGAGUUCUGUUUAAGCUUGAAGCAAAGUCUCGCCCGGUUCUCUCCACGGUUUUCCGUAGCGGCUUGGCCUUGGUAUCGUGGCGCCUAAAAAACGUUUUUACCCUAGUCGUCCAACACAUAUUCUCCAUUUUAGUGCAAAUUAUUCCUAAAGUUUCCGAGAUUAUUUUAAUAUGCGCCUUAGACCAAGCGAUCGAUACUUCCGCGAGAGGUACCCAAGGUAUGCCGGGAUACGGAAGAACAAAGAAAAAUAUAGAAGAUAAAGGAGAGACAUAGAAAAAGAAUAAGGGAGUCGUCUAGCCUGUGUCCACCAUCGGCGCAGCUCCACAAAAGACUCUAAGUUGUUCCGUUUUUGUUUGUCAAGUGUUUUAUAUACAUUAAAAAGUAAUUGAAAAUUGUAAUUUAACACACAAUGCUAUAUUAUAUAUAUAUUAUUAUUAUAUUAUAUAUUAUUUCAACCUCUCUCCGUACAAUGUACGCAUACUAAAAAGUCGCUCCAGUUAAAAAAAAAGAGAAAACGUAAGAAUGAUGGAUGUGUGCAUAAGUGACUGAAUGAUAAAAAUUGGUAUGAGCAUGUAUCAGAGACAACCAAUAACCAUAUUAUAAAAUAAAUAAGACUUUUCUAGA